AUGUCGUCGAAAAUUUUUCCUGAUGCCAAACACCCAGAAACAAUAGUUUUUAGGGAUUAUACUCCAAAACAAUUGAUCGAACAUGAUGGUAGAACUUUAGAUACCAAAAUUUUUUUGGGUAUACGUGGUAAAGUUUAUGACGUUAGUAAAGGAAGAAAUUUUUAUGGUCCAGAGGGAAUGUAUGGUAAUUUCGCAGGUCGAGAUGCAUCCCGUGGCCUUGCAAAAAAUUCUUUUGAUUUGGAAAUGCUUACUCCUAUUGAUCAACCUUUGGAUACUUUAGAAGAUUUAACAGAAGAAGAAAUUAAUUCCCUUAAUGAUUGGCAUGGUCAUUUUGAAAAUAAAUAUGGUUGUAUAGGAAAUUUAGUUAAUGAUACUACAUAA